AUGUCUUCGCCUUCAGCGUGUGCCGUGCCGAACCGAUGUGCACUUCGUACACCCCCGCCUGUUGCCAAACGUCGUUCACGAGUCUAUCCUCGACCGGAGGACACAUCGCUGAAACCACAUAUCGAGCAUUGCGAACCAUCGUCUCGCAGUCAGACACGUCCGCAACUACCCAUCCUCCCAACUCUGGCGACGCCCGUGACCGCACGAGAUGAUGAACCCUCGUCAUCACGCGGCCCUUCCUUCAGCUCCGCGCUAAUUGCCUUCUCCGGUGCGAUGUGCCUGGCCGUGGGAGCGGCAGCCUUGGCCCUGGCGAGUAGCGCGCCAAUGUCGAGCGCUCUUCUGACGUCCACGGUGUGCGGGGCGGUUGGCAGCCUUUUCACGUUGGCAGCAUUAGUCCACAACCACGGAGGGGAGUGUUUUGUGCUGCUAAGCCUGUUAUGUUCGGUCAUCGGCACGGUUUGCGUUGUCGCGGCUACGCAGAAGAACAUGGCCACGAUGUUCGUUUUCGUCGGAGACGAAACCAAGUUGUGA